AUGAGCCCCGCUGCGCAUCCGCUGCCGCCCUCAAGCAGUCUUCCGCCUUUGCGCACUUUGAACCAGCUCACCGAAGCCGAUGUCGCCGCCGCCCUACAGAACCUCUCCGUCAUCUACUGCCCCUUGGCCGUGUCCGUCGCCUUUCAGCUUAGCCCCGAGACGCAAAAGUUUGCUCAUCACGAUUCAUCUCUCGCCGACUCUGGCUACGUGUCGGAGACAGACGACGAUCAUGAGGAGAUUGACGGCCUAGACCACCACAUAGCCGCUCUCAAAGUCGACGUCUUUGAGCGCAAUUGCGCCGAGCGCUGGUUGACUGGCUUAAUCGCCAGAGCCGAGACUCUUUCUUGCUUUAAAUCCCAGGACGCUUGUCAAAACGCACUGGACCAGGCCUCUUGCAUCCUCGAAUCAUUCUUCGCCGCCCCACCAGACGAUGAUGCCUCGGCCGAGAAGGAUCAGGAUUACACGCGCGAUUUCGCAUUCCAACUCUCGCUCCCCAAACCACCAUCAGCAAGUGUUCCAGUCACCAUCCGACUCAACGACAGGUUAGCGGGUACAAACUCGGCUGACCCGGACGAUGUCGGUCUCCAGAGCUGGGGCGCCUCCAUCGUCCUGUCGGACAUCAUGUGUGCCUCGCCGGAGCGCUUUGGUCUUUCCCAACCUGGACUGGGUAUUUCGCCGCGCAUCAUUGAACUCGGCGCCGGCACGGGGCUUGUGAGUCUCAUGCUCGGCAAAACGCUGCCUCACUUGGGAGCAUCUAGUCCGACCAUCGUGGCAACUGAUUACCACCCGGCUGUGCUUGAGAACUUACGCGCCAAUGUUGCCCUCAACUUCGCGACAGCCAAUCCCGCCCACGUACAGACCGCCGCUCUCGACUGGGCAGCACCUGUCCUGGAUGCACCGCUCCAUGUUCCCGCCGACAUCAUCAUCGCGACCGACGUCAUCUACGCGCCGGAGCACGCUUUCUGGCUGCGUGACUGUGCGACUUGUCUACUCGCAGAUUCUGGCGUCUUCUGGCUCCUGGUCACAGUGCGGCGCAAUGGCCGUUUCAACGGCGUCAGCGACAGCGUAGAGUCUGCCUUCACGGCUGGCGACAGCCCCAAGCGGUCAGACGGCAAGAGGCUUGCCAUCCUGCAAUCAGAAGAACUGCUUAAACGGAGCGGAGUGGGACGAGGGGAUGAGAGUGGCUACAAGCUUCUCCGAAUUGGAUGGGCCUACGAAUAG